GCUACGCAUAUAAAAAUGAGCGACCAUUUUGGGGAGCCUCUCAGUAGCUGGGAAUUCGCCCAAAAUGAAGGUAUUCGCGAUAUUCAGCAUUUGCUUGGCAAUCGCCGCUGCCCUGCCUCUCAAUGAAGAGGUUGGUCCGGAGCACAUUCCUGAGCCUUACGGUGAGGAUGGCUCGGAACUAAUUCCGGAGCCCUACGGAGAGGAUGGUGCGGAGCUUGUCCCAGAGCCCUACGGCGAAGACGGCCCCGAGCAUAUUCCUGAACCCUACGGAGAGGAUGGUCCUGAGCAUAUUCCUGAACCUUAUGGAGAGGACGGUUCUGAGCUUAUCCCAAAGCCAUACGGAGAAGAUGGCCCAGAGCAUAUUCCUGAACCUUAUGGAGAGGACGGUUCUGAGCUUAUCCCAGAGCCCUACGGCGAAGAUGGUUCUGAGCUUAUCCCAGAGCCCUAUGGCGAAGAUGGUUCCGAGCUUAUUCCUGAACCCUAUGGCGAAGAUGGUUCCGAGCUAAUUCCUGAGCCAUACAAGAAGGCUGCCCUUGAGGAGCAGGGUUACGAGUCGAACUGGCAGCUUGUCCCCGACGGUAACGGUCGUCUUCAUCUGGUGAACACCGAUCCCUUCAACCUGGGCAGCCAGGAUGAGCCGGCUCCGCUAUUCAACGCUGAUACCGAUGUUAUCUUCACGCUUUUCACGCGUAACAACCGCAACAGUGGACAUCGCAUCACGCCCGGAAAUGCUGGCACCCUUGGACCGCACUGGAACGGUGGUCGUCAGACGCGCUUCGUCAUCCACGGCUGGAACAACAACGGAGGAUCGGAAGUGAACGUUCUCAUUCGCAACGCCUACCUGGAUCGUGCCGACAUUAACGUGAUCAUCGUUGACUGGGGUGUGGGUGCUCAGAACCCGAACUACGUCACGUCCCGCAAUCACAUCAACGCAGUCGGUCUUACCGUGGCUCGAUUCAUCGAUUUCUUGAACCAGAGCGGAGGCUUGGCGUUCAACAACGUGUACGUCACUGGACACAGCUUGGGAGGACACACGGCCGGUAUUGUUGGCAAGCGUGUGACCCGCGGCCGUCUGAACACGGUUGUUGCCUUGGAUCCUGCCCUGCCGCUGUUCUCCAUCAACGACCCUGCUAACCGUGUGGCGCCGGGAGAUGCCAACUACGUCGAGGUCAUCCACACGAACGGAGGACUGCUGGGCUUCGAUCUGCCGAUUGGUCUGGCUGAUUUCUACCCGAACGGAGGCCGUAGCCAGCCGGGAUGUGGAGUAGAUUUGGCGGGUACCUGUGCUCACGGACGUGCCUUCCAGUUCUUCGCCGAGUCGAUCCGUACGGCUCAGAGCGGAUUUAACUCCAUCCGUUGCGGUAACUACGAUCAGAUCUUGAACAACAACUGCGUGUCGUCGGGCGCUAACGCUCGCAUGGGUGGUGAGCCGUCCAACAUUGGCCGUGGUGUGAAUGGUGUGUUCUUCCUCACCACCAAUGCCAACAGCCCGUUCGCACGAGGUUAACCAGUGAUAUUCUGAAAAUAAAGACUAUUGGUAGUAUUUAAGCUGAAUAA